AUGGCUCGUUCGCUUCCGGAAUGCGUCGACACGUUGAUUAUUGGCAACGGGCCGUCAGCCCUCAUCCUCUCCUACAUCCUACACGGCCAUAUUCCCUACUACAUCGGAGGCCAUCAUGACGCGAUACUCGACGCGAAACUGCAGAAUUCACCAAACCUGCUUCACCUGACGCCGGAUCUGUACGCGCAUUUCUUGUCCUCCCUACGCUACUCGACCCAAGCGCUGCCGGUCAAUACGCUGCUCGAUACCCUUGUUCGACCCAAUGCCGAUACCGAGCUGAAUCCCAAAUCAUGCAUUGAAUGGCGGUACGAGCCUGACAAGGCCAUUCCACAUGUUGCAAUUGGAGAUACAGCCCAUGCAGGCGGACAGUGGGCGGAAAACCCGGUCUCCGCGAGCGCGGAUAUUGGCACAUUGAGCUAUGCGGAACAGUUAAGCCUCCCGGGCUAUUCGUAUGCAGACCAUCUGGCCAAGAGCGGAAGGGAAGACGAGGCGGAGUUCGUACGGCCUUCGAGGGUCGAGGUUGCGGAUUACCUGAGGACAUAUCCGGAGGCGGUGGGCAUAGCCGAUAGCAUAUACACGGGGCUGAAAGUCGAACAUGUGCAUCGAACAGUACGCGGAUUUUCUGUCGGGAGUCUCGGGAUUCGAUGCAAGCAUCUCGUACUUGCGUCCGGUAUCUUCACAGUCAACAUCCCGCCACCACUCUACCUCGCGCCCGUCGCACAGAUGGACUCGCAAGAAGCCCCAUUACUCGUCAUUGGAUCUGGAUUCUCCGCUGCUGACGUUAUCAUAUCGGCGCCGCCAACUCGAAGGAUCGUACACAUCUUCCAGUGGGCUCCUGAGAAGCGUCCAUCUCCAUUACGAGGCUGUCACCACACCGCAUACCCCGAGUAUGCAACCGUAUACCGCCAAAUGAAGCUUGCAGCGAUUACGGCUAAGAAGAAAACAGUAAAGUCUCCUUCUAUACGGCGCAAAUCAAAUCCGUUUCAGCAACGCGACUGGACUCUCUACGAAGGCCUGCCUAAUGCCGAGGUUGUCAGUGCGUCUACCUCUGGAAAUAUAGCAACCGUAGUACUACGACUAUCUUCAGGAGAAACUAUCACACGUGAUAUAGGCGGUCUAGCAUACGUCGUCGGUCGACGCGGAACCUUGGAUUUCCUCUCCCCAGAACUGUGCGCUGAGAUUCUAACUUCGCCCGACCACAUGAGCCCCGACCCAUCGUCUGGUCAUCUAAUUUCAGGUCGAACACUCCGUGCCAAAGCCGAAGCUACAUCUCUCGAAGUAGCUAAAGACAUCUUCAUAAUCGGAAGUCUCACGGGCGACUCUCUCAUCAGACAUGCAAUUGGUGGUUGCGUCUUCGCCGCUGGUCGGAUCUUAGGCGCAAUACCAACUAUCUACUCUCCUGAUAGUACGCCCUCGCCAACCUCUUCAACCUCUCGGUCUGCAUCGCCGGCUUCCACGUCUGAUACUGAGAUUGCUGUUGAGGAUGUGCAAAACAGUCCUCAGAAGGAGCGAAGUGGAACGCGCACACCGGGUGAACUGACAAAUGGGCAUGCGGAUCUGCAUGUUGAUCGGAGAAAGCUUGUUAGGGCGGUGGAGACAGCUCACGUGGAGAAUAGGUAUUGGGUUGACUCUGGGUGGUGGGCUGGUGGAUUGGGGCCAGGGAGGAGUUGA